AUGCCUACCAAGCGCGUACGUGCUCAGAAGAAGAAGAAGCAGCCGGAAUCCCCUCCUGAGAGCUCAGGUGAUGAGCGGGAGUCUGACUCGAACAGCCCGGCGAAGAAAGUGAAAACAGUCCCGAAAGUCAAGAACACCAAAUGUACAAAGGCUACAAUCCUAAAGAAGAAGGAGAAUAAUCGGAAGGUGCCAUCAGUCAAUCGACCCAGGAGACGUUCUAUCAAAAAGUACCGGUCCGGGCCAAGAUCGAAAACCAAUUUCUACCCUCAAAAGUCUGAUUCAUACGAACCGAGGGUUGAAAACCUCGAUACCCAGCAGCCCCCAGUUCUCAAGUCCGAAGAAGCAUGGGAUGAUAACGUGCCACUGCCUGUGCCUAGGGACCUUGUCGGCAAGCUUGGAGAUACCGUCGUACCGGAUAUUUACGUCGGGGACAUGGCACCAAUGCCUCGUUGGCGGAUCGUACGGCAGCGCAGCCCCCAUAAGUCAUAUUCCCCUGGGACAGGCACCAGCUCUAAUCGCAGCAGUGCUGAUAGCACUUCCAAUUCCAGUCCAUCGUUUGAACUCUACAGAUGGACUUGGGCCUUCGACGCCGGCGAGUCUUGGUCCUGGCGGGGACUGGAAUACGACCAGCUCUAUCUGUACGCACACCAGUGCUUAACCCAGAUUUUGAAAGAUCCCUUCCAGCGGGAACGCAUCCGACAUUCUGUUUCCGGGCCAAUGAAGGAGUGGCCACCAGUUGAGCCGGAUCAAUUGUUGCCUGCCCUUCUUCUCAGGCCACGAAUUGGAUAUUUUGACUUGGACGAUAAGAAGAGCAUCUUGAAAGAGCCUCCCACUGAGACUGAUUCGUCUUAUUGCUUCCCCGAUUAUGAACGUCCGACCUUGGCUAUCAGGUCUGAUCCCAAUGGCAUUGAAGAUGCGAAUAUGCAUCAGACUUUGACGAAUUCACGUGCGAGUUCACGGGAUCAUUCGCCUUCGUCAUCCAGGUCUAACCGUCGGGGAAUUGAAAGGGUAAGGGAUUCUGAGGAGUUGGAACCCGUCAAGGAUCAAGAUCUGGAGCGGAAUGACGAGGGUAGAACUGCACGGCUUGGUGAGUACAGAUUUGUUUGGUUUGGUGUUGUCCUUCUCGUUCUUUCUAUGCUUCUUUGCCUUUUCUUAUAUGUCUUUAGGGUGUUCAGGCGGUGA